UCUCUCAUUUCCGGGUCUGUCAUGUGACUCCCCGGCGGCACCAUGGCGGAAGCAGAGGAGCAGGAAACCGAGUCUCUCGAAGAAUCUACAGAUGAGUCUGAGGAAGAAGAAAGUGAAGAGGAACCCAAACUGAAGUAUGAAAGGCUUUCCAAUGGGGUAACUGAAAUCCUUCAGAAGGAUGCAGCUAGCUGCAUGACAGUCCAUGACAAGUUUUUGGCACUGGGCACACAUUAUGGCAAGGUGUAUUUACUUGAUGUCCAGGGGAACAUCACUCAGAAGUUUGAUGUAAGUCCUGUGAAGAUAAAUCAGAUUAGCCUGGAUGAAAGUGGAGAGCACAUGGGCGUGUGUUCAGAGGAUGGCAAGGUGCAGGUGUUUGGACUGUAUUCUGGAGAAGAAUUUCAUGAGACUUUUGACUGUCCCAUUAAAAUCAUUGCUGUGCACCCCCAUUUCGUGAAAUCCAGCUGCAAGCAGUUUGUGACUGGAGGGAAGAAGUUGCUGCUAUUUGAACGAUCUUGGAUGAGCAGAUGGAAGUCUUCUGUUUUGCACGAAGGGGAAGGGAACAUAAGGAGUGUGAAGUGGAGAGGCCAUCUGAUUGCUUGGGCCAAUAAUAUGGGUGUGAAGAUUUUUGACAUCACCUCAAAGCAGAGAAUCACCAAUGUGCCCCGGGAUGAUAUAAGUCUUCGCCCAGAUAUGUAUCCCUGCAGCCUCUGCUGGAAGGACAGCGUGACGCUGAUUAUUGGCUGGGGGACUUCUGUCAAGAUCUGCUCAGUGAAGGAACGGCAUGCCAGUGAAAUGCGGGACUUGCCAAGUCGAUAUGUUGAAAUAGUGUCUCAGUUUGAAACUGAAUUCUACAUUAGUGGACUUGCACCUCUCUGUGACCAGCUGGUUGUUCUUUCCUAUGUGAAGGAGGUUUCAGAAAAAACGGAAAGAGAAUACUGUGCCAGGCCACGACUAGAUAUCAUCCAGCCGCUCUCUGAAACUUGUGAAGAGAUCUCUUCUGACGCUCUGACAGUGAGAGGCUUUCAGGAGAAUGAGUGCAGAGAUUAUCAUUUAGAGUACUCUGAAGGGGAAUCGCUCUUUUACAUCGUGAGUCCAAGAGACAUCGUAGUAGCCAAGGAACGAGACCAAGAUGACCACAUCGACUGGCUCCUUGAAAAGAAGAAAUACGAGGAAGCUUUGAUGGCAGCCGAAAUCAGCCAGAAGAACAUUAAAAGACAUAAGAUUCUAGAUAUUGGCCUGGCAUAUAUAAACCACCUGGUGGAAAAAGGAGACUAUGACAUAGCAGCUCGCAAAUGCCAGAAAAUUCUUGGGAAAAAUACGGCACUCUGGGAAUGUGAAGUUUAUAAAUUUAAAGAAAUUGGGCAGCUUAAGGCUAUUAGUCCUUACUUGCCAAGAGGAGAUCCAAUUCUGAAACCACUCAUCUAUGAAAUGAUCCUGCAUGAAUUUUUGGAAAGUGAUUAUGAGGGCUUUGCCACUCUGAUCCGAGAAUGGCCUGGAGAUCUGUACAACAAUUCAGUAAUUGUGCAAGCAGUUCGGGAUCACCUGAAGAAGGAUAGUCAGAAUAGAACCUUACUCAAAACCCUGGCUGAACUGUACACCUAUGACAAAAACUAUGGCAAUGCUCUGGAAAUAUACUUAACAUUAAGACACAAGGAUGUUUUCCAGUUGAUCCACAAACAUAAUCUUUUCAGUUCUAUCAAGGAUAAAAUUGUUUUAUUAAUGGAUUUUGAUUCUGAGAAAGCUGUUGACAUGCUUUUGGACAAUGAAGAUAAAAUUUCAAUUAAAAAAGUAGUGGAAGAACUGGAAGAUAGACCAGAGUUGCAGCAUGUGUAUCUGCAUAAGCUUUUCAAGAGAGACCAUCAUAAGGGGCAGCGCUACCAUGAAAAACAGAUUAGCCUUUAUGCUGAAUAUGAUCGACCAAACUUACUUCCCUUUCUCCGAGAUAGUACCCAUUGCCCACUUGAAAAGGCUCUUGAGAUCUGUCAACAGAGAAACUUCGUAGAAGAGACCGUUUAUCUUCUUAGCCGAAUGGGUAAUAGCCGAAGUGCCCUGAAGAUGAUCAUGGAGGAAUUACAUGAUGUUGAUAAAGCAAUUGAAUUUGCCAAGGAGCAAGAUGAUGGAGAACUCUGGGAAGAUCUGAUUUUAUAUUCCAUCGACAAACCACCAUUUAUUACUGGCUUGUUGAACAACAUUGGCACGCAUGUGGACCCAAUCCUACUGAUUCACCGUAUUAAGGAAGGGAUGGAGAUUCCCAAUUUGAGAGAUUCCUUGGUGAAGAUUCUGCAAGACUACAAUUUACAAAUUCUACUUCGUGAAGGUUGCAAGAAGAUUCUCGUAGCGGACUCUUUGUCCUUACUGAAGAAAAUGCACCGAACUCAAAUGAAAGGCGUUCUGGUUGAUGAGGAGAACAUCUGUGAAUCGUGCCUUUCUCCUAUUCUCCCAUCAGAUGCAGCUAAGCCCUUCAGCGUGGUGGUCUUCCACUGCCGCCACAUGUUCCACAAGGAGUGCCUGCCCGUGCCCAGCAUGAGCUCCCCUGCGCAGUUCUGCGGCAUCUGCAGUGCCAAGCACCGCGGACCAGGAAGUGCCAUUUUGGAGAUGAAGAAGUAGCCGCUUCGUUUGUCCUCAUCUUCCUCACCACCCUUGAAGACUGUUGUCGCAGCCCCAGCAGCAGCUGUUGACACCAGUGCUGUUAAGAGAUUUGUACAUGUUUAUGUUCCGCUCAAAAAAAAGUUUCACCAUCUUCGCCUGUCGAGCUUUCUCUGUGCAGCUGAUGAAGUUGGGCUCACAGUCCGUAUUUCAUCAUAUGUCUGGCUCCAUCUUUAUUUGGGAAUGGAAAAGUCAGUCUGGGAGUUGGAAAUGAAUUUCUAGAUCCUAGUAAAACUGUCCACUGAGCAGCCCACUGCAAGGGGUCCCCGCUGCCUAAGCGCAUCGCCAGGGUAGCUGCCCAGCCAGCGCUUGCUGCCACUUGGACCUGCUUCCAGAGGCUCUGCUGGCAUUAGGCCUCACCUUCUGGGUUUGGCUAUUUUUUUAAUGUCAUCAACAUUAUGUAGUUAUUUUCUUAAUAGGUGUUGAAUGAAACAUUGUGUAAAUUGUCACUUAUUCAAAGGCAUCUGGGAAUGACAGGAGCAGGCUGCCGUCAUGCUGUCUUACGGAGACUGAUCAUGUGUUCUGUGCGUUCUGACGACUUGCAGCGUCUGUCGAUUGAAUAAAUGUUAGCUCUUUCCCGUGACGAAACACUCA